ACCACUUUGCACAAUAUGGACAAAACAUACGCUUCUCCGAGUUGCCAAAAUCUUCCAGCAGUAACAACAAACUCACCAAAUUUCGCUUCUUCAUCUUCAUCUCCAAUUUCAAUCUCAACCGGUAAUAGCCGGUCAGUGAAAAUCAUUCCGUUAGAACAUCCUUCCGCCACGUCAUCAUCAUCGUCGUCUUCAUCAUCGCCGUCGGUUGUGGCGAAAUGGAUGGCGAGGAUGAAAAGGAUGACGUGGAAGGAUUGGAUUGAGCUGUUUUUUCCUUGCUAUCGUUGGAUGAGAACGUAUAAAGUGAAUGAGUAUUUGCAACCUGAUCUUAUGGCUGGUAUUACAGUUGGCAUCAUGCUUGUUCCUCAGUCGAUGUCCUACGCAAAGCUGGCCGGGCUUCAACCCAUAUAUGGACUUUAUUCUGGUUUCAUCCCUAUAUUUGUCUACACCAUAUUUGGGUCAUCUCGUCAGCUUGCAAUUGGUCCAGUUGCAUUGACGUCCCUUCUAGUCUCAAAUGUCUUGAGCAGCAUAGUUGAACCAUCAGACGAGUUAUACACGGAGCUCGCUAUACUGUUAGCACUUAUGGUUGGCAUCUUGGAAUGCACAAUGGGGCUAUUACGGCUUGGAUGGCUCAUACGGUUCAUCAGCCACUCUGUCAUUUCUGGUUUUACAACUGCCUCUGCUUUUGUCAUUGCCUUGUCCCAAGCAAAGUAUUUCUUGGGCUAUGAAAUAGAACGGAGUAGCAAAAUACUACCUCUAAUCAAAAGUAUAAUUUCUGGAGCAGAUAAGUUCUCGUGGCCUCCUUUUGUUAUGGGCUCGCUGACGCUAGCUAUUCUUCUGACCAUGAAGCACUUGGGAAAAACAAGGAAGUACUUGAGGUUUCUGCGUGCAGCUGGUCCCCUCACAGCUGUUGUUCUGGGUACAACUUUUGUGAAAAUCUAUCAUCCACCUUCAAUUUCAUUGGUGGGAGAUAUACCUCAGGGGCUGCCGAAGUUUUCUGUACCAAAGCAAUUCGGCCAUGUAAAGUCUUUGAUACCUACUACAGUUCUUAUUACUGGUGUGGCUAUCCUGGAAUCAGUGGGGAUCGCUAAGGCACUGGCAGCAAAGAAUGGCUAUGAGUUGGAUUCAAAUCAAGAGUUAUUUGGUCUUGGUGUAGCCAACAUUUGUGGCUCAUUCUUCUCAAUUUACCCUACGACAGGCUCUUUUUCUAGAUCAGCUGUAAAUCAUGAAAGUGGAGCAAAAACUGGCUUAUCAGGGCUUGUUAUGGGGAUUAUAAUGGCAUGUGCUCUAUUAUUCAUGACUCCUGUAUUUGAAUACAUACCUCAGUGUGCUUUGGCUGCGAUUGUGAUAUCUGCUGUAAUUGGACUGGUGGAUUACGAUGAGGCUAAAUUUUUGUGGCGUGUCGACAAGAAAGAUUUUCUGUUAUGGACUAUUACUUGCAUGACAACCUUGCUUCUAGGCAUAGAGAUUGGUGUCCUUGUUGGGGUUGGCGUGUCGCUUGCUUUUGUUAUUCAUGAAUCAGCGAAUCCACAUAUUGCUGUCUUGGGGCGUCUUCCUGGAACUACUAUUUACAGAAAUACUCAACAAUACCCCGAAGCAUAUACAUACAACGGGAUUGUGAUUGUUCGAAUUGAUGCGCCUAUAUACUUUGCCAACACAAGUUACAUAAAAGACAGGUUACGGGAUUAUGAAAUUGAAAAGGAAGAAUCUACAGGUCGGGGACCACAAGUUUCAAGAAUUCAUUUUGUGAUCCUUGAAAUGGCCCCUGUUACGUAUAUAGACUCUAGUGCUGUUCAAGCUCUGAAAGAGCUCCAUCAGGAAUAUAAAUCACGAGACAUUCAGCUAGCCAUUUCCAACCCCAACCGUGAAGUGCUGCUAACCCUGGCUAAAGCUGGUGUGAUUGAUCUGAUUGGCAAGGAGUGGUACUUUGUCCGAGUCCAUGACGCUGUUCAAAUUUGUCUUCAGCAUGUUCAGAGGUUAACUGAAUUUCCAAAGGCACAAGACUUUUUGGCUGAAAACAAACCAAGCUUGUUCCAGAGGCUCCUCAAUCAGAGGAAAGACGAUUUUUUUCAACCUGAACUCGAAUCUGGUGUCCGUGAAUCUCUUCUUUCCAAGGAUACCAACCCUCAACUAGAGCCACUCUUGUCAAAAAAGCCUUGAUGAGGACACUGCUUCCAAGAUGUAUCAAUAUGUAUGUCAUAUCAUGUAUUCCAUUUUUUCCCCCUACUUUGGGUUGAUUGAUUGAUUGAUUGUUAUUAGCUUAGCCUCCCAUUGGAACAGAGAGAAAGAUAUUCAUCAUAUGUAAUUAAGUGUCAUUUGUAUCUUUUUCCGGGCUGAUAUGCAUUCUUCCUCAAGUUUGUAAUCAGAUGCAAGUACAAAUUCAGAUAUCAUAGAGGAAAUACAAGAAAAGCAUUUUGUUGAUAUCA